AGAGGCCGGGCCGGGGGCCGGAGUGCCGAGCGUCGAAAGGGCCGGAAGAGGAGGGGGCGCGAGCGCCGACCCCCCGCCAGGUCCCAGAUAUAAUUUUUCAUCAGCCAAGACAUUAAACUAUGCAGAAAAACUCCAAAAGGAAUAGUCAUCCAGUGGAGAAAGAAUCAAAUACUGAUAAGAAGAAAGAAAGUAAAGAAGACUUUGUUGAAGUGCUACCUCCAGAAGUCACGUUUCAAAUUUUUAGUAAACUUGACAUCCAGAGUUUAUGCAAGGCCGCGAUGACUUGCAAAAGGUGGAACCAAGCCAUUGAAAAGAGCGACUACUUAUGGAAGCACCACUGUUUGACUGUCCGAGCCAUCUGCCAGAAAGAAAUUGAUGGUGAUCGAGGAAAUGGGUAUUCGUGGAGGGUCACACUUCUGAGGAAUUAUUGGAAGAGCAAAGUGAAGCACGAAUGGCUGAGUGGCAGAUACAGUAACGUUUCUUCUCCCAUUAGCCUUCCCGAAAAAAACAUGUGUCCUAUGGACGCAGAUACGUGGGGAGAAAUUCUAGAAGCAGAACUUGAAAGAUAAACCUAACUGACUCUUAGGGAACAACAUUUUAUUUAUUUAUCCAUUAUCUGUAAAUAGAAGAAAGCUUGUGGGAACAUUUUAUGAAAUUUUAAGCUUAAUUUAUUUUUAUCUUGCACUUUAUCAGAAAAAAGCUCUUAUGUGGCAGGUUUUUAUUGUACAGCUUAAAACUCAACACAUUUUAUUUUUUAAAUACCUUUCUAGUCAAAUGAUUUAAAUAAUCUCAUGGAUCUAUUUUAAAAAUUCCGCUUGUAAUAAUGGGAAGCCAUCUGAGUUUAGUUUGUGUUUGCUACUUAGAAGCCAAAUCUGCACAAGCCAAGUGCAUUUUAGCAGAUUUUUUUUCUUCCUCAAGGUGUCCAACAAGUGGGGGUGGAAGAGGUCCAGGCAGAUCCUGUGACCCCACUCUUUCCACUAGGCCACAGCUGCUUCUAAGCUAAUUUAUCGGGGUGAGUUUCCAAUCCGAGGCAGACAUAGGCCCCGAGGGAAGUAAAACAGGCAGCUAAUGGGCAGCGGAUGCUUCUGCGCCCUACUGCAGAUAGGGCAUGCUCCUGGUCGAACGAUGGACCCGCGUAGGACUGAGUCACAAGACUGAAACCAAUGACCCCCACGAUGCCAAGGAAGAAAAGAGUCAGUCAGAAAUUCGACUUCCACCUACUCGAAACAAGGCUGUUGAACCAUUUGGAAAUACGGUUUGGUGUGUUUUUUGUUGAGGCUGUUCCUUCUAAUUCGAUACGAUGCGUCACCUCGUGCGGACGCACCAGUGACCACUGAGGAAGCAGGAAGCUUUUGUGAGCCGUUCACUGGAGAGAAGAGCCAAAUGACAAGAACCGGCUCCAAGGGAAGAACAUCAGCAAGGGGACUGGAUGGUGAGCCUCAGCAGAUUCCCGUUCAUAAGAGCCCGUGAUUUUCGACACUCAAAGUGUCGGUGUAAGUGGUAUUAAACGCAAAUAGUUUGGUGCUAUUUAUUAAAUCAUACCUGGAAAAACAA